UAAAACAAGAGUUGUUGUUGAACAAGCAUUUGGUAGAUUAAAGGCCAGAUUUUCCUUUUUGAAAUAUAUGAGAUUAAAAGAUACAAUAAAAGGAACAGAUAUAAUUGAUAUCGCUUUAAUUUUACACAAUUUUGUAGAAAAAAACAAUGAUGAGUGGGAGGAAGAUGAUAAUAGUUAUAAUGAUGAAAUUAAUGAUUCUGAAUUAAUUUAUGAAUUAGAAGAAGAUGAGGAUUUAAUAAGCAGAAAUAAUGCAAUAAUUAAACGGCAAAACUUAUUAGAACUUAUUUGUAUAGAUAUGUAA